UAUGUCUUCAUAAGAAAUAUAAGAAUCUAAGAGUUUUAGAGAUGAAGUAUCUCCAUCAAUCAGAGAUUUCAUAAUCAAUUUUAGAAAAUAAUAAGCCUAAAUUGCAAAACAAAAUGCCUAUUAGUAAUCCAUAAAAAAAACUAUUCCGAUUAAAUAAAUAACGCAAUUAAAGUUAAAUAGAUAAUCAGUUGAUACUUAGACUGAUCUAACUGAAUUAUAAUCAGAUACUUCAUUCAAAAGAAAUUCAGUCUAAAUAUCAUAAAGAUAAAAUUCUACAUAUUCUUAAUCAUGUUUGACUACUAGAGAAGUAUAAAUAUAAUGUGAUGAUAAUUAAAUAAAACCUAUUGAUGAUCUACCAUCAGCAAGAGUAAACAUACAUUAUCUUCAUUAACAUUAUCAAUCCACUUAAUCUUAAUAAUCAGAUUAAGGUAUAUAAAAUACAUCAACUUAAUAAUUACCUUUAAUAUAUAGAUCUCCAUAAAAAUUUGAUCUUGAAUUUAAUUUCGAUCAAAUGACUGAAUAAAUCCUCAAUAAAGUCAUUUAAGAAUUAGAUAAAAGAAAUACAGAAACAAACUAAAGUUAAUAACAGCCAUCUGUUUCAUAAUCACUUUCUAGUUAAAAAAUAAAGAAUUUAUCAAUAAAUAACUAAAUUGUUUCUUUAAAUGUUAUACCAUAACCUAAAAAUGAAGAUGAUGAUUCAUUUUUAAAAUUUAUGUAAUAAUUUUAAAUAUCAAUUUAGUUAAAUGAGUUUAGUCAAUAAAAAUAAGAUAUAUUAUGAAGAAUAAGAAAAUUAACCUCCAUAAAGAAGUCCUGUUAAAUAUUUUUCAAAUAUUCCAAAAACAAGAGAAUAACAUUCAAAAUCAUCAAUGAGUAAAUCAAUUUUUUCAGAAUCUAUUAAUUAAAAUAGUAAAUUUUAAUAUAUUAUUGAUAGGAGUAAUUAAGACUAAAUGUAAUACUAAUACCAAAUCAAAUGCUCAUUAAAGAUUAUAUUAGGAUGCUUGUAUGAGAUAAGAAAGAAAGACUAUGGCUACUAAUAGAAAACCUAGAUAUUGA